CCUUCGCCAAAACAGCCCGCUUGGGCCAAUCCGCCAGUCCAGCCCCAGCCCAACCGUCGAACAAAGCACACCAGGUACAUACCUACAUACUCAGGCACGUACAUACGAGCCUAGCUUGUCGUAAUCAUCAUCUUUUGUUCUCCCCUUGUUCCCUUGGUGCUCCUUGUUGCAUUCAAAGACGUCUUCCUGCCUUCUCAACUACGCUGGUUUCCACCACUGAAUGAUGUUGUCAUAACAUCAAUUGAUCAAUGUACCUGCAUUGCUGAGUUCCCAUGCCGGCACGCGACCUUUCUUUUACAGUGGCCAUCUUUUACAUCAUCUCCAUCACAGCCACAGCCGCAGUCUUUCAACCGUUAUUGAUCACCGCAUCUUUCGACAUACUAGUCUGAGUACAUGUGUACAUAGCCAGUGCUCACCCGUGGCGCUUUACCCAGGCUUUCCCGUCCUGUCGUCUCGUGUGGCUGAAGCCAACGUUUUGCAUUCUGCUCGCCUGUCACUCGUGCUGAAACCACAAAAGCUCCCCUGCUCCCAUUGGUCCAUCCAUUCCGAAACCAUCAUCGUUGAUGAAAGCCAAAAGCCACAUUCCUGAUGAUGAGGCGCGACACCCAUGAUUUGGAAACAAGAACCAGUGCGUGUGUGUUUGAUAGAUGGACAUGGACAUGGACAUUUUGCUUUUAAAGAUGGAUAUCCAACAUCCAUUGAGCGUGCAAUACCAGGUUUCAAACCAAGGGCAAGAGUACUCAAGAUGCCAGUCCCUGCCAUGGCACUUAACUCUAAUCCAGUGGCCAGUUUCGAAUAAUCGGCGGUAGCCAUCCAUGUCCCCGAUCAUUUUAAUUUGUCAAACCCUUGGAAGACACUUUACCUCCGAUCCAAAUACCACGUGCCUGGUAGACAUCUGCCACUUUGUUGAACCUUGCACAGUCUUCGUGCCCAUUUCGUUUUGUCGUGACAUGGGAGAGGAAGAGAAAAAAACUUCCUCAUUGAUCCCGGCUUCCAAUCGUCAAGUGGCGCCAUGCUGGAAUCCCAACAGUCAGUACUUGAGCAGAAUCAGGGCGCAAAAUAACGCAGUACACCCAAUCAAGAAAAUUAUAUGGGUCGGGUGGUCUGGGCCAGGUUUUUUUAUUUAGGGUUUAUCUUUGCUACGUGGAGUGAGGGACACCGGAAAAGCUGCAAGUCGAUUAGAAAGAUGGAUUCUUGCAUGCACUAAUCCAUCGGCAUCCGUGACUAUGCGGUGCAGUCGGCCGACAAAGAAGACACACACACACACAUGCGGAAACAGCUGUUGCUCCGAUUCUCGCCUUGUGCCAUCUCUGAUCAAGCUUUUGCUGUGGCACAUCAUAUGCGCUGUCCGCACCCACUGCAACGUUAGCAUCGCGCGAGCAUCCGUCACGCUAGGUGGACUGAUAUGCAAGUCCCUGACUAACCGAUGCGAGUGCGUGGUUCCAUCGUCAUAGCCAGCAUCACUCGACCCAACAAAAUGAUGUUUUCCUAACAAAGCCUCACUAAUAAUGGAACCUCACUUAAAUAAGGGCCCUCUCCCUCGAGGCUUUCAUCACACAUCGUCACAUCAGAUUAUCAGACACACAUUCCGUCCAGCAAUAUGUCGCAAGACUUGAGGUCGCAAGAACUUACUAAUGGCAUCGAUGUCGCUGAGUACCUUUUCAGACGUCUGAAGCAAGUAGGCGUGGGCUCGGUUCACGGUGUGCCGGGCGACUACAACCUUGUUGCGCUCGAUUACAUCUCAAAGAAUGGUUUGAAAUGGGUUGGCAACUGCAACGAGUUGAAUGCUGGCUAUGCUGCCGACGGCUACGCACGAGUCAAUGGAGUCGCUGCUCUAGUCACUACCUUUGGCGUGGGCGAGCUCUCUGCCGUCAACGCAAUCGCAGGAUCCUACAGUGAAUACGUCCCCGUCGUACACAUUGUUGGAUAUCCUACCACUACAGCCCAAAAGGGAGGACUGCUACUUCACCACACGCUUGGAAAUGGCGACUUUAUGGUUUUCUCCAAAAUGUCUGCACAGAUUUCCUGCGCAGUAUCCAUGUUGAACGAUCCCCACGAGGCCGCCGUCUUGAUCGACAAUGCAAUCCGGGAAUGUAUCCUCCAGUCUCGCCCGGUCUACAUUGGUCUCCCAUCCGACUUGGUCACGAAAAAGGUCGACGGUGAUCGUUUGAACAAACCACUCGACCUGGCAUACCCGCCCAACGAGCCCGAAAAGGAGUCGUACGUGGUCGAUGUCGUCCUCAAGUAUCUCCACGAAGCCCGCAACCCGGUGAUCUUAGUAGAUGCCUGCGCCAUCCGGCACCGCGCUCUCAAGGAAACCCACGACUUCAUCGUCAAAUCCGGCAUCCCAGUAUUCGUAGCCCCAAUGGGCAAAGGCGCCGUCGACGAAACGCUCCCCAACUACGGCGGCGUCUACGCAGGAAACGGCAGCAACAAGGGCGUUCAGGAACGCGUCGAGUCGGCCGACCUCGUCCUCAGCAUCGGCGCCAUCAAAUCCGACUUCAACACAGCCGGCUUCACGUACCGCAUGUCACAGCUCAAAACAAUUGACUUCCACAGCUACGGCGUCACGGUGCGCUACUCAGAGUACCCAGGCGUCCGCAUGAACGGCGUCCUCUCCAAGGUGACCGAAAAACUGGGUCAACUCAACAUCGAAAGCGGCCCGAACCCUACAAACGACAUCCCGCACGCCCAACUGCAAACCUCGGAACCCACAAUCACGCAAGCGUGGUUCUGGCCGCGCCUGGGCCAGUGGCUCAAGCCAAACGACAUCGUCAUCACCGAGACCGGCACCUCCAACUUCGGCAUCUGGGAAACGCGGUUCCCGAGAGACGUCACGGCCAUCUCGCAGGUGCUCUGGGGCAGCAUCGGCUACGCAACGGGCGCAUGCCAGGGCGCGGCGCUCGCGGCAAAAGAGCAGGCCACGAGCAAACGCACCAUCCUCUUCACGGGAGACGGCUCGUUCCAGCUCACGGCGCAGGAGCUGAGCACCAUGAUCCGCCAGAAACUCAACCCCAUCAUCUUCGUGCUGUGCAACAGCGGGUAUACGAUUGAGCGGUUGAUCCACGGCAUGCAGGAUCCGUACAACGAUGUGCAGGAGUGGAAGUACAAGGAGCUCCCCGCGGCGUUUGGCGGGAAAGAAGGCGACGACGUGUUGACGUAUCGGGUCGAGACCAAGGAGGAGGUUGAGAAGCUGUUCGCGGAUGAGGUGUUUGUGAGCGAGGAGACGAAGCAGUUGAGGUUUGUCGAGUUGGUUAUGCCGUGGGAUGAUGCGCCCGAGGCGUUGAAGCAGGUUGCGGCGAGUGCGGCGAAGAGGAACGUGUGAUUUUACUCUUCGAGUUCUUUUCUUUGGUCUGGAUUUUUCUCUACUCUUCUGGGAUAUAUAUGGAACGAUAGAGGUGGGAGGUGAGUACCUGGGUAAUGAUUGGACUAGAUGAGCGUAGAUAAUUGGGGUGGGGUUCUGGGUCUUGACGACGUUAUGAUG